AUGCCUGUUUUGAAGCUCGACCAGUACGAAAGAUUGUUUUUUUCUUCAGAAACACUUUAUUGCAGAAGCAUUGGAGAAGCCAUGGGAACACCCACUACUGUUCUUGUGGUUUUAUUUUCUAUUCUUCUCAUCCAAGUACUUGAGUUCAGUUAUAGCAUAGCAAGUCACUCCAAUGUAAGAUGCAUUGAGAUUGAGGAAAAAGGUCUUGUCAAGUUCAGAGAAAAUCUCACUGAUGAAUCAAAUCGAUUGUCGUCCAAAACCUGCUUGGGAGGUGGGAUUAAUCCUUCUUUAUUCAAUUUGAAGCAUUUGAGUCACUUGGACUUGAGCAUGGACAACUUUUCAGGAACCCAAAUUCCAAAAUUCUUAGGCUCACUUCAAAAUUUGAGUUUUGAUUCCACCAUCCCUCUCUGGUUGUCUAACAUUCCUGGGCUUUUGCGUCUCCAUCUUGAUGAUAAUCGAUUUCAGGGGCCAAUUCCUGAUACUCUUGGAAGGUUAUCCUCUCUCACUCACAUUGGUCUUUCUGAUAACUCCUUUAACACUUCAAUGCCUAGUUCAUUGGGAAACUUGAGCAGUCUUGUUCAUUUAGACCUCUCUGUCAAUGAGUUUCAAGGAAGUUUACAAACCACAAUAAAGAAUCUAUGCAGGUUACGCGUGUUAGAUUUGUCAAAAAAUAGUUUUAGUGGUGAGAUUCCAAGAGCUGAAAGAGGUCCAUUUGGUUGCCAUAAGAAUUUAGAGAGCCUUCUUCUUUCUUCGAACUCAUUUCACGUUCCAAUCCACAUGUCAAUUGGAAGACUAUCGCGUUUGAGAGAGUUAGAUGUUAGUAAAAAUCUGUUGAAUGGGAGCAUUCCCUCGAUUCUUGGACAACUUUCAAAGCUAGAAAUGUUAGAUGUUUCUGCCAAUCAUUUGGCAGGAAUGGUAUAUGAAUAUCACUUCACUAAACUCACCAAGUUGAAUAGAUUGUCCAUGUCCUUCCACUUCCUAGCUUUAAAUGUGAGCUCCCAAUGGAUUCCUCCUUUCCAACUCCAAGCCAUUAAAUUGGCAUCCUACAAUCUAGGGCCUCUAUUUUCUUCAUGGCCUCAAACACAGACACACGUGAUAUUGUUGUUCAUGUCCAAUGCGAGCGUCUCAGAUACCAUACCUGAUUGGUUUGAGAACGUAUAUUCACGUAUCCCCUACUUGGAUCUGUCCAUGAACCGAAUCAGUGGAAAACUGCCAAAAUUUGUAGCAUCGUAG